GGCCUCGAGUACCGUGAUCAGACGGACGACCAAGUCACCGUUGAUGCCGCAGAGGCCAUCAAGAAGUAUGGUGUUGGCGUCAAGUGUGCCACCAUCACCCCUGACGAGGCUAGAGUGGAGGAGUUCAAGCUGAAGAAGAGCAAGUCUACCACUCCGCGCUAUAUAUUCUGUCCUGUCUUGCUAACACCCUACCUCAGUGUGGCUAUCUCCCAAUGGAACCAUCAGAAACAUCCUUACCGGGCCACAGACCGCCUCAUCCCCGGACCUGGCACCCUCGAGCUCGUUUACACACCUGCCGGUGGAGAGCCAGAGCGCAUCCAGGUAUAUGACUUCAAGGGCCCCGGUAUUGCACAAACACAGUACAACCUCGACGAAUCCAUUCGAGGAUUCGCACAUGCCAGUUUCAAGCUGGCUAGCCUUAAGAGCCUGCCCAUGUACAUGAGCACCAAGAACACUAUCCUGAAGAAGUACGAUGGCCGUUUCAAGGACAUCUUCCAGGAGAUCUACGAUAAGGAGUACAAGGCCGACUUCGAGGCCAAGGGUAUCUGGUACGAGCACCGUCUCAUUGACGACAUGGUUGCUCAGAUGAUCAAGUCUGAGGGAGGCUAUGUCAUUGCCAUGAAGAACUACGACGGUGACGUCCAAUCCGAUAUCGUUGCCCAGGGUUUCGGCUCUCUCGGACUCAUGACCUCUACCCUGACUACCCCUGCCGGUGAUGCCUUCGAGUCUGAAGCUGCCCACGGCACCGUCACCCGCCACUAUCGCGAACACCAGAAGGGUCGCGAAACCUCUACCAACCCCAUCGCAUCUAUCUUCGCCUGGACCCGAGGCCUGGUUCGUCGCGGCCAGCUCGACGAGACUCCGGAGGUUGUUAACUUCGCUGAGCAGCUUGAGCGCGCUUGCGUUGAAGUUGUUGAUAUUGAAGGCAUCAUGACCAAGGAUUUGGCCUUGGCAUGCGGAAAGAAGGAUAGAGAAAGCUGGGUUACCACCAAAGAGUACCUUGCUGCUGUCGAGAGACGGCUGCAGAAGAAUUUGGGUGAGGAGACUAAGCUGUAG